AUGAGCUCGUCGUCACCGUCUCGCCCGCAAGCCUCAUCGUCAGCUCCAGCUCCGUCCGCUCCGUCCCUUCCGUCGGCCAGUCGCCGUAUACUUUCGCGCUUUGCCUCUCCUCUGUUUUCGCAGAAAGGCCGCAGCAUUGCCGACUUCCACAUCAAGGCCCACGAUCCUCACAAGCAGUACUCGCCUGGCGAGACCGUCAAGGGCUGCGUCGUCGUCAAGGUCGUCAAACCCGUCCGAGUCACGCACGUAUCCGUCUGUCUACACGGCUUUGCCCAGGUCUAUCGCACACCCGGCGCAACAGCUGACCAGCUGCGCGGCAACACCAACCGCAUCGGCCGCGCUCAAGGACGAGGGAAGAAGUCGGGCGAAUACUUUGGCAAUGGCUUCGCCUCGCUGUUCGAGGACGAGUCGGUGCUAUGCGGCGACGGCCGUCUGGACGAGGGCGUCUAUCGUUUCGACUUCGAGGUCCAGUUCCCUGACGACAUGGAACUGCCCAGCAGCAUCGACUUUGAAAGAGGCACCAUCUCCUACAUGCUCACUGCCACCUUGACACGACCCACCACCAUUGCUCCUGUAAUCACCCACGACCAAAAGAUCUAUCUCGUUGAGCGCGUCGACAUUGCGCCCCUGCUGCCACCAAAGCCCCGCACCAUAACCCUCGAGCCAGUUUCCAGGAAGAUCAAGCCGACCAAGACCUCUGCUUCUUUGCCAUCCAGAACUCCGAAUACCCCUACCCACGAAGCAAGACCUCCAACACCUUCGCUCAGCGAGUUGAGUCUCGACAGUCGCAUCAGCAGCAGUCCCAGUGACACUCCACAUAAGCUCAUUACCGCGACAGUCGAACUGCUCAAAGGCGCCUGUCUGCGUGGGGAUAGUUUUCCCGUUAGAAUCUCCAUCAACCACACGAAACACAUCAAGAGCAUAAAUGGCAUAAUCAUCACUUUAUACCGCCAGGCCCGCGUCGAUAUGCAUCCUGCUCUUCCUCUGGGACCAGUGAGCGACGGCCAGAAGCGUAAGUACGAAGAUUAUUAUCCCAAGUCCAUCACCGGUCUUGGUGGCUUGUCUCUAUCAGGUGCUGGAUCCAGCCAUACCUUUCGCAAAGACCUUGCCCAGAUCCUUGUUCCUCUAUAUGUGGAUCCUGUCUCAUUGACUGCCGAAAUUAAUGCCAAAAUUGGCGUCCCUCACGGCGCGUUUCCUACCAUCAACACUGUUCCUGGGGCCAUGAUAUCCUUCCGUUAUUACAUUGAGAUUGUCCUUGACAUCCAGGGCAAGCUCACUCACGACAGGUAUCUCUCACAACAUGGCAGUGGCCCAGUCUCUGCCGCUGCACGUCCUGUUGAUGCCAAAGAGAACAACCUCUUCAACGGCCCUGACGACACCCCUUUCUUGAUGCUCAAUGGCGCGGGCAUUCUCGAUACGGCUCCAAUCCGAAGAGACAAAUCUGUCGCAACUUGCACCUUCGAAGUAGUUGUCGGCACCACUGACAGUGAACGGAAAGCCAGGAAAGGAAAAGAAAAGGCUACAGAACCGCCUCCAUCAUCCCCUGGUGCUGAGCAGACUUGGAACAUGUCACAAUAUGCCUCGCAACAGCAGGGCCAUUCGGCGGUAUCAAGCCAAGAUUUCGAGUCAUACCAACACGCAGAUCCGUACAAUUACGACUAUGGCCAGGAUGCUGCCCUAGAAUACCAAUACGGCUCUGGUUACGAUUACGGGUCGAAUGAUCAUCAGUGGGACACGGGCCAAGAAUACACGUAUGACCAGUCCUACUAUCCAGAUUACUACGAACCUCCACCGUUGGAGAACGAGGACUCUCUUCCUGAAAAGGAACGUCUACGUAGAGCGGAGGCACGAUUGAUGCCGAGCCAACCACCUGCCAUGGCCUCAACAUCUUCAGGUGCAGAACAGGCAACAGCGCCAGCGCUGCCUCCAGACGACUUUUGUCAAGAGCCGGGAGUCGCAGCUGGGAGCUUGACACAACACGCUGUAGUGGCACCACAAACAGCUCAGCAACCACCUGCACCCCGGGGUAAUCAUGACUUGGUCGAGGGUAGCAGCAACCAUCUACCACCAACUGACGACAAACAUGAACUACAGAGGCGUCAGUUAGAACUCGCAGCGAGUGGGCCGCCGUCAUGUUUGAGCAAUGCNCCUGAGGAAAUUAGUACAGAAUCUGGACCAUCAGCGCCAUUGAUAAUAGAUAACGAUGUGAAUGAGUACGUAUUGGAGGCUGACGAAAUGGGGAGUGUCGCGACGGAGAACCUUCCGCGGUACCAUCGAUAG